UUUAUUAUUGUUGUUUAGUUCGCGAAUCGCGUGUUUCUCGUGGAUUGUGUCUCGCAAGUGUAGCGAAUAUUUUUUUGAAUUUUCCAUGCUAAAACUAUUGGAAACGGCUUAAAAAUGUUAGUAACGGAUGUGGGUGAUGUGAAAAUUUAUAACCUGAGUGCGGGCAAGGCACUUCCGGACUGGAUAUCGGACAAAAAACGUCGCGAAGCUCAGCGCAAGAAAGCUGACGUCAGUCGUCGAAUUGAGCUGAUCCAGGAUUUCGACAUGCCGAGUGUGGCCACCAGCAUCGAAAUGACACCGGAUGGGCAGUACAUUUUGGCUACCGGAACGUACAAACCGCGAAUAAAAUGCUACGAUGUGAAUAAUCUGUCGCUGAAGUUUGAGCGAUGCUUCGAUUCCGAGGUCGUGAAGUUUAAAAUUCUCAGCGAAGACUACAGCAAAGUGGUCUUUCUGCAGGCGGAUCGAUUUGUGGAAUUUCACGCUGCCCAUGGAAGACACUACCGAUUGCGCAUUCCGCGAUUUGGAAGAGAUCUGGACUACCACAAACCGUCAUGCGAUUUGUUUCUUGUUGGAACGUCAUCGGAGAUUUAUCGCUUGAAUACAGAGAGAGGACAAUUUCUACAACCCUACAGCACCUCGGCAAGUAGUAUUAAUGCGUGCGAAGUGAAUCCGGAACAUCAUUUACUCUGUGUUGGAACUCAAGAAGGCACUGUGGAAGCAUGGGAUCCCAGGGACAAGAAUCGAUGCGGAGUAUUGGACGUGGCUGUAAACAUACAGAACAAUGAGAAGUUUCCUUCGGUCUCUACGUUAAAAUCAAAGAAUGGAUUGCAGAUGGCUGUAGGCACGGACUCUGGACAUGUACUUCUGUACGACAUUCGAGCAAAGGAACCACUGCUCGUUAAAGAUCAUCUUAAUCAACUUGCCGUGCGUAAAAUCGAUUUUAACGCGGAGAACAACGCAGUCUAUUCGUUGGAUAAUGCCAUGUUGAAAAUCUGGGACGAGAAUACUGGCAAACAGAUUGCCUACAUUGAAUCAAACAGCAAUUUCAACGACUUUACCACGUCCCCUAAAAGUGGCCUGUUGUUCUUCGCUCAAGAAGAACCAAAGAUGAUGACGUAUUACAUUCCCAGUUUGGGACCUGCCCCAAGGUGGUGCUCGUUCCUGGAUAAUCUCACAGAAGAAAUCGAAUCGGAAAGUGUGCAGAACAUCUACGAUGAUUACAAGUUUAUCACCAAACAGGAACUGGCUGAUCUGGGACUGGAUCAUCUCGAGGGAACCAGCAUGCUGCGAGCAUACAUGCAUGGCUUCUUCAUCGACAUCCGACUGUAUAACAAGGCCAAGGCCAUCGCUGAUCCAUUCGCAUUUCAGCGGUAUCGCAAGGAAAAGAUCGCUAAACAAAUCGAAGAAUCCCGUCCAGCUCGGCUCCAGCUCAAAUCAAACUUACCGAAAGUUAACGCCGAGCUGGCUGAGAAACUUCUCACCGAGCAAGAGCUGGGAAGCAGCAAACUCAAAUCGGCUGCCAGCAAUCUUCUGUCGGAUGAUCGAUUCAAAAACAUGUUUGAGAAUCCUGACUUUGCGGUUGACAAGACGGCUGUUGAGUAUCGUUUACUGAAUCCCGUUUUGACGCGGUUGGACAAGUCCCGGGCCCAAAAGGUGAAAGCAAGAGAGGAAGCAGCAGCUGCGGCCGCAGAGAGACGGGAAAACGAAGAGGAGGAAGGCAGCACGGAUGACGAUUUGUUCAGCGAAAAGGACGAAAGCUCCGAUGAUGAUCAGACUUGGACGAAGGAAGUUAAAAAGGAGUUCAAGAAAAUUAAUUUGGAAAAGAAGCGAGAGCGGCAGAUGGAGCUGGAUCAGGAAGAAGAGGAAGAGGACGACGGUGGUCCUUCGAUAGAGGUUCACGAAAAGGAAGAUUUCAAUAUAGGCAGCGCGAACAAGAGAAUCAGCAAAGCAGGAUUGGGUAAGCGGUUGGCCGCCAGCAAACCGAUAGAAGUGAAAAUGUUGGGAGGGUUGGGCAAUUGCCAGAUGACGUUCAGUACCGAACGGAAGAAGAAAGUAUUCGACAAGAAGCGACAGGCGGAACUGAAAAAGCACCGGGAAGAACGUAAAAAGGUGAUACGGCCGACGACCAGUUUAAAGCGUUUGUCCAGGAAGUAGAACUUUGGGCUUGGUAGGUUAAGAGUUGUAUGAUUCUGUUGAAUCUAAAGGUAAGUUUAUGAAGAAUUUAAUAAAACGAGCGUUUAUAAAAGCCAUUGUAA